AUGUCGAAGCAACAAACAACAUGGUUGUUUCUAAAGGAGUAUCUGACCUUCCGAAUUUGCUUCAAGAUAGAACCCAGGUUGAAGAUACAAACAACUCAGAGGUACCGAUGAUUUCAUCCUCGAUCAAGAUGCAGCUGGUGAUGAAGACUGUUACCAGCGGGCCGCAAGACAGAAAUGCCGGAAUUAAGUUACUGACAAAGAGGAUUGAGAAAAUAGGAUCGGGUGAGGAUGCUGACAGGUUGCUAGAGACCAAAUGCUCUCCUACUCACCAUAGAAAGUGCUCCAACAUGGUCUCGUCACUAACCCAAACUGGGAAGCAGAUGGAGAAUGAACAGAAGCCUGGAAAAGAAGAAAGUAUGGAAGAUUUACAGAUGCUUGGUGCUGGUCCAAGGGAGCCUAGUCAACAUUCUCAAUUAAAAAGGGAGACACUAAACAUGGACAAUGAAGCAUCUCUCAGUAGCUCAAUGAAAAUCAGUGAUGGAGAGCCAUCAGUGAAAAUCAAACGGCCACAAACACUAACGUCCGGAAAGGAAGCUGUGGAUGCCAAUAAGAUCAAUGUUGUCUCCAAGAAAUGCAGUUCUGUUCGCAAUCUCAAGAGCUGGGCCUCGGAACACACUGAUAACCAGAAGCUAAACCCAUUCAGUGAAUACUUUGACUACGAAUACUCUAUGUCCAUCCGCCUCCAAAAAGGUCAAGAUGGAUACGGACGCCCCAAGGAGGGUUCUAAAACAGCAGAGAGAGCCAAACGCGCUGAGAAACACAUCCAAGGAGAGAUCGCCGAUAUGUGUUACGUAAUCAGAACUAUGGCUGAUCCGGAUCAAGACGGAAAGACAAGAGUUACAUUUCGAGAACUGUUUGACAGAUAUGUUCGUAUCUCUGAUAAGGUGGUGGGGAUUUUAAUGAGAGCCCGAAAACAUGGGAAGGUCCACUUUGAAGGGGAAAUGCUAUGGCAAGGACAGGACGAUGGAGUGAUCAUCACGCUGCUGGUGUGAUAACACUUUUAUCCACUAAUAAUUUACUGUAUAACCUUUAAAAAAAAAAAAAAAAAGCUAGGAUCAUUGCCAAGCAAUUUUAAUUUUCAUUUGAUCAGUUUUGUCACGGUGUUGGCCAAUUUUUUGAGUAAUAUGCAGGUGAUUUUAUGAAUUAUAAUAAUAUUAAUAAUAAUAAUAAUAAUAAAAUUUUGUCCUAUUUCAUGAUAAUUGCGGAACUUUUUUGUUACAGUUUAAGGUAAAAAUUCAAGCUGAAGAAUAAUUCAUACAUCCAUCCCUUGUCUAAUCCCAUCUGACUUUGGGGCGAGAGGCAGGGUACACCCUGGACUAAGAAAUGAAAAGAAAUAACAAAGAAAUAAAUCAAUAAAUAUAUGUGCUUUCAUAGAGGCAUAAACAAUGGUCGGGUAAAAUUAUAAUUCAUUGUCUGCUUUAUUUGGCCAAUAUAAAAUUCGAUACCACCAGUUUCAUUUUAGGAUCAAUACUCCCACAACAUGAUGCUCGAGCGUGUUGUUGGAGCAACCGACAUUUUUGGAGCUAGAGUACAUCCAAGCAGUAGCCCUUUGGUCUCGUCGAAACAAAGCAGAAUUCCCUUGGACGUGAUGCAUUUUUUUGCUAAUUUGUUCUCUUAAUAGAAAGGACAUCUGUCUUGCCACUCGAGAUCCACAGACACAUGUUCUACAGAUGGAAAACAACGUUUAGAGGCGCUGUGAACUUGUAUUGUUUGUGGGGUUUUUUUUUUGACGUAGUGAUGUCACAUUUCAAAGAAAAGUCAAAGCCACAAAGAAAGUGUCGGCAGGGCAGGUUCUACACGAUAGAUCAGCUGAUAUGGAGUUAAAACAUACCUGAAACGCCUCUUUAAAGUGUAAGUAGCAGCUCCGCCCAUUUGACUCUCCACAGCUACUUGAAGGAAGUGCCAGUACAAAAGAUUGCCACUAUAAAUAAAGUGCCUUACAAGUACAAACAUGGUAUUCACAGUGUAGCCCAGCCCUAAUUCUGAAACUUCCGUACCUGGAAUAGACACAUAAUCG